UCCCUGCGGACCUCCUCGCCGGGGUGUACGCCGACAUGUACACCUGCCUAAGGAGGCUCCGCGAGGAGGGAGAAGACUUGUCGGCCGGGACCAUAGGGCGGAUCCGAGCCCUGGCCCGGCGUAGGGCCCUCCGGCGCUGGAAAAGGCAACUCGGGGGGCCCAACGUGCCGGGCAGGCGGACCAUCGAGGCCAUCCGCCCCUGUCUCCUCGAAUGGGUGGACAGGGGUCACGGCGGGUUAAGCUUCCACCUGACACAGGUGCUCACCGGGCACGGCUGCUUCGGUGAAUACCUGUGUCGAAUAGGGAAAGAGUGUACGGCGCAUUGCCACCACUGUGCGGCCGAUCGGGACACCGCGCAGCACACCCUGGCUGAAUGCCAGGCGUGGGCUGCCGAUCGCGGUGUCCUGAUCGCAGUGGUUGGCGGCGACCUCUCGCUCCCGGCCGUAGUCAGAGCUAUAGUCGGGAGCAAAGAGACCUGGGAGGCGGUGGUCUCCUUCUGCUCCUCCGUUAUGGGGCGGAAGGAGGCCGCCGAAAGAGUUAGGAGGGGGGAGGCAGAGGUUGUACCGCUCCCCCCCUCCACCUCCUCUUCGGAGGAGGAUGAGAAGGACGAGGUGCCGAGGAGGCGUGCGAGGCGGGGUCGCAGGUGGCGUCCCCGCCCACCUCAGAUACAGGGUCCCGGAGGGGAACCCCAAUUAAGGGGUUCCCCUCCCACUUAGUGUAGGAACGC